AAUAACAUUGUUAUCCUAAUUUUGGUCACAAAAAUGGAGAAUUCAUUUUUUGAAUACCGAGAUAAGUCGUUAGAGGAAGUAGAAAGUGAUUCAGAUACUGACAUUAUCGAAGAAAGUGUUCUCGAAGACUUGAUGCCAAAAACUCCUAUGAAAACUCCCAUGCGAAAUAACCACACGGUUGUACCUGAUUCAGAGGAAUCUCUUGUUUACGAUGGCUCGGACGAUGAAAAAGACACCCCCCAGGCUUCCAAAAGUGUGGUAGGGAGCAGUGAUGAUGAUGGAUCAGAAGAUGAAAAAGACACCCCUCAGGCUCCCAAAAAUGUUGUAAUGAGCAGUGAUGAUGAGGAAGUCUCACCAGAACUGGUGCCCAAACGUCGUCCACCUAUCCGCCCGAAAUCCCUGAACACCACAACAGACUCUCCCAUCAUCCGCAGAGUCAAGAAGCGCAUGGUUGUUGACUCUGACUCUGACAACUCCAUAAUUCUUGAUAAAGCCGAGAAAAGCAAAAUGAAAUGUCUGAAAGAUACACCGUUAAAGAUUGAUGGUGGGAAAGGUAAAAUAAAUGAUAGCGAGGAAAGCGGUGACGAUACUAUAGAAGAUAGUGAAACUUUUAUGAUUGACCAAGGGAAAGGUGAUGGUGAUGAAAGUGAUUAUGAUGCUAGGGAUGUAAAGAAGAUUGACAAUGAUAAAGCCAGCGACUAUAAUUUUACCGAUGAUAAUGAUGAAAGUGAUUCUAGUCAUGAUGAAGAUAUGGAGCAGGGUGAUGACAAAGACGAUGGCAGUGAAAGUGAUGAUGAUGGCGCCAAAGUCGGUGAGGAAAGGGCUGACCAUAAUGGGGAAGAUGAUGAUGAUGAAGGUCCUAACGAGGACCUGAUGGUGAUGUCGCGCGCGACAAGAAUGAGUAUUAUGGGGAUAAUACCGAAAGAUGACGAAAGUGACGAGUCGGACUUUAUCGAGACUGAUGAGAGCGUAAAACGUAGCAUCGGAGACUCUACAGAAAGCUUGAACGACCUACCCGCUGAUAUCCCAACAACCAGAAUACCUCUGGCUGAAUCCACCCGCCGAGCCACAGGAAUGAACCUGUCACCUCUAGAAGAAGCCGGUCUUGACAGCAACUCAGAUUUACCAGAAGUCGACAGAACCACUCGGACACCACACAAGGCAAAACCAAAACCGUUGACUCCAGUAAGAGACUCCUUACAAGAUAAUAAUGAUCAUUCAGAAAUGGACUCCGCACCUCCUGAAGAAGAUCUUCAAGACAGUGACUCCGAUUUACCAGAAGUUAAUAUAACCACCCGGACACCGCAUAAGCCAAGAACACCGAAACCUUUGACACCAGUAAAGACGUCAGACGAUUCAGACAAAAAUGAUGAUUCCGUGUUAACCUGCUCACCAAUACAGAGCCCUUUGCGUGAUGUCACUGCAGAUUUUAACAAUUCCCCAAAAUUACCCAAAAAUACACUUAAAGACAAAAAAUUUAAAAAUUUACCAGAAAUUGAUGAUAAUACUUAUUACGACGGAGAAGUUACAGUGGUUGACGAUGGUUUUGAGAAACCAAAAAGUAAAAGUAAAAUGGCGAAACCAAAAAUUAGGAAUACUUACUAUGACGGUGAAGUGACAGUUGUGGAGGAAGCGGGGAGAGCGGGGAAGGUGAAUGUUGGUGAAGAUGAAGAUGUGGCUGUGAUCGAGUCCGUGCCUGAGGUCAUCAUGCUGAGCAGUGAUGAGGACGAUGAGUUAUCCGCCCCAAAGGCCACCGUCAAAACUUCCCCGAAGUCAAAAACUUCUCCAAAGCCGAAGCCAGGCAAGCGCGACAACACCAUGCACCAGUACCUGCCUCCGCCCAGCUACCCAAACCAAGUGGAGUACGUGCAGAAACAUCAGCUCGACAACGAACUUAGCAAGCUCAAUGGCAUGCAAGGGGACUUGCAAAACAUCAGGAACCUCCUGGACAACAUGGACGUGAACACGCUCCCUGACGGCGGUUCCAAGCUCAUCACCCGUCUCACCGAACUAGAGGCGGCCGUGCGGCGACAAGGCAAUAAGGUCGGCAAUAUGGUGGUCGAACCUAGUCAACCCACACCGGCGGAUGUGGCAAGGGAUGGAUAUGACCAGGGACUGUCCUGGGACGACCUGCAGAAGGCCAGCAAUGCCGUGCAGCCCAGGAUGUUUGGCAAGCAGGCGAUGUCAACCCAUUUUGCGGAGCGAAACCUGAUCCUAGAGCGUCUCCGGGACCUCCACUCAGCAUUAGACACACGGCCGGCUGAAGAGAAACAGGCUACAGCGCCGGCCGCCAUGAAGACGGAACUCAUGCCGCAUCAGAAACACGCGCUGGCUUGGCUGCGGUGGCGGGAGGCACUCAACCCGCACGGCGGGAUCCUUGCGGACGACAUGGGUUUGGGCAAGACCAUCACAAUGAUCUCCCUGAUCGCGGGCGACCGGGAGAUCGCUGAUGAUGGGGAGGAAUCCGACGACGAUGUUGCUGCAGACAGAGCCAGGGGCAAACUAACAAAUGGCGGCACGUUGGUAGUAUGCCCGGCAUCUCUCAUGACCCAGUGGGAAGGAGAGGUGAAGAAGCACUGUCUCCCUCACCGAGUAACCACGGUCUUACAUCACGGGGCUUCGCGGGCCACGCAGCCGCAACGACUCGCGCACAUCGAUAUUGUGAUGACUACCUACAACAUUCUGCAGCGGGAUAGUGAAAAGAAUGGAGUCCUGAUGCGCAUGUCGUGGCGGCGCGUCAUCUUAGACGAGGCACACAUGGUGCGCAACCACAAGAGCGCCACCUCGCGCGCCGUGUGCGGCCUGCGCGCGCGCCGCCGCUGGGCGCUCACCGGCACGCCGCUGCACAACAAGGACUUGGACCUGUUCGCGCUGCUCAAGUUCCUACGGUGUACGCCGUUCGAUGAUCUCGCCAUGUGGAAGAAAUGGAUCGACAAUAAAAGCCAAGGCGGGCAGGAGCGGCUGAGCACCAUCAUGCGCUGCAUCAUGCUGCGCAGGACCAAAGUGCAGCUGCAGGCCAAGGGGCAGCUCAAGGACCUGCCGGAGCGAACCGCGCACCAGUGCCACGUGACGCUCACUAAAGAGGAAAUGAACGUCUACCAGAAAGUGUUGGUGUUCUCGAAGACGUUAUUCGCCCAGUUCCUUCACCAGCGCGCCGAGAAGGACGCCGACAAUGGCCUCAUGCCGAGAGGGGCACAGAAGGAUUCCGCCUACUACGAGAUGCACAAGAAGAUGAUUGCGCUGCAAGGAGCAAAACCCGUCAAAGCCCACGAGAUCUUAGUUCUACUUCUGCGGCUCCGACAAGUGUGCUGUCACUGCGGUCUCAUCGCCGCCAUGUUGGACGGGGAUGACACCGGCGCCAUUGAAGAGGACGAGGGGGGGAAGGAUCUGUUGGCCGAGCUGAACAAGCUGACCCUGGAGGACGCUAAUAAGAGCGGAGAUAAGGUGAACGAGUCUACAACGUCCCCAGAGGAAGAAGGCACGACGGUAGCCGAGGCCAUCCGCUCCGUGCUGUCUCCGAAUAACCCCGUGUUCCAACUCACCAUGCGCUCCUCUAAGAUUCAAGCUGUCAUGGACUGUCUUAAAGAAAAUGUGUUGGUCAAUAAAGGUGAAAAAGCGGUAGUGGUAUCCCAAUGGACGUCAGUGCUGAGCCUCGUGGAGACGGAGCUGAAGCAGGAGCGCGUGAGGAGCGUCACGCUCAGCGGCAGCGUGCCCGUGCCGGCGCGCGCCGCGCUAGUCAACGCGCUCAACGAUGCCAAGUCUGACGUCCGGAUAAUGCUCCUCUCCCUGUGCGCCGGCGGCGUGGGUCUCAACUUGUGCGGCGCGUCCCACCUGCUGCUGCUGGACCCGCACUGGAACCCGCAGCUGGAGGAGCAGGCGCAGGACCGGAUAUACCGCGUCGGGCAGACACGCCCCGUGCACGUGUACAGAUUCAUGUGCGUGGACACAGUGGAGCAGAGCAUCCGAAAGCUGCAGGACGCGAAACUAGAGAUGGCGGCCAACGUGCUCACCGGCGCGAGGCACACCAGCGCCUCCAAGCUGAGCAUCGAGGACCUGAAAGUGCUUUUCAACAUGGGACAACAGUAAUAUUA